AUGGAACCUCGUCUGGCCCAAGCUGUGAGCACAGCCCAGCUCCGGGGUCUGCUGUCCCGGGUCCGGCGGCCCCCACACCCCCCCACCCUGCAAAUGGUCAUCGAGGCACUGCGGGCCCAGGACCAGAAGAAGGGUGCCUCAGUCAUCGCCAUCAAGAAGUUCAUCCUGGGCAAGUACCCCACGGUGGACCCUGUCCGUCUCAAGUACCUGCUGAAGCGGGCGCUGAGCAAGGGGCUGAGCCGUGGGGACCUGGUGCGGCCCCACAACUCCUCUGCCAUGGGGGCCACCGGACGCUUCAAGUUGGCCCCUGAGAAGCUGCGGCACAAGCAGCUGGCAAGCCAGGCAGAUCCUGAUGGAGAACCGGCGCUGGAGCCAGGACGGAAAGAGAAAACCAAGGCCCCCCGGGUCCCUGCGGUGGGCACGCAGCAGCAAGGCACUGCAAAGGGGAAGCCAACAGAAACAAAGCAGAAGCCGAGGGCAAAGCCCACAGAUGUGCAGCCGCCAGCUGCAGCGAAGCCCAGGGGUGAUGGAGCAAAGGCCCCCAAGGCUGCCAGCCACCCCCGAGCCCCUGACAAAAACCAUGCAGGGCUCUCUGCUGCUCUGCCUGCCAAGGAUGCAGGACAGGGCAGUGGUGAUGGUGACAACCCCAUGGGUGCUGGGGUGAAGGUACCCCAAAAGGCACCUGUGGGAAAAAGCAAAGGGAAGGCACCUAAGGGGGCACAGCAAGAUGCACCCAAGGCUGAGGGGGGUCAAGGCAAGGCAAAGAAGCCCCAGACAGCCCCAGGAGCAGGCCAGGGGAAGGCUGGGCUGCGGAAGGGAGCGUCAGGGAGCAGGAAGACCCCAUAAGACCCCAGGAAGACCCCCUAGGCAGCCCCCAGCCCUAC